UUAACAUCGAAAUCAGCAAAAGUGGCGGCGACAACAACAUGAAUGGUGAUGGCGAUAGUAGCGGCAUUGUUGGUGGCGGCAGAGGCAGCGGCAGCUAUACUGGCAGUGACAGCAGCGGCAGCACUACAAUCAUCCUUUCUGGCACGAACAGUAGCAGCGCCAGUGGCAGCAACAGUUGCCACAAUAAUCACAAUAAUCAACAGGAGAACAAAAGUGUGGCAACCAUGCAAUGUGGCUUUCGAAUACCCACAGCUUUGCCAGCGGCAACAACUAUGCCAACAAUGUCUAAUGUGACAGCAACAGCAAUGGCAGCGGCUGCAGCUGCAGCCGUGGCAGCCACUGAUAAUUUUAUCAUCUAUCAGCAACAGCAACAACAAAUGCAUAAACAACAUCAGCAACAACAACAACAGUUGCAAGCACAACAGCAACAGCAUCAGCAACAGUUGCUACAACAACAGCAACAACAUUUUGAUGCGGCAAUAAAGACAUACGAACGUAGCGAGCAGCCGCAGAGUAUCGACAUGAAUUUCGGCGGUAAUGGAGGUGGUGGUGGCGCAGGUGGCGUAGGUGGAGGUGCUGGCCUGAUUAUGACCGCCGGCAUUGGCGCUGGCUGUGGUGUUGGUGUCAACGUCGGUGUUGGUACUGGUACUGGCGCUGGUGGUAUACUCAGCGUGGGCGGUUGUGCCUCAAGUGCGAUUGGUGGUAUUCACAGCAACUUGGAGAGCGAAUAUAGCGCCAUGGUCGCAUCGGUGUACGAGCAUGAAACUGCCUUCAGUGAUCGUGCCUACGUAGCCUCGGACCUGACAUGCAUGUACGUUAGCGAUGAGGAGGAUAAAAAUUAGUUUCCGGUGAGGCAUUUCAACUAAAGCUGACGACGAAACACUUCCACUAACACAAACACACAAAACAUACAUAAAUGUAUGAGAAUUAUCAUAAAGAAUUAUAGAAAUCAUUGUGCAAAAAUUCUGGUAUGUAAAUCAUAAGGAAUGUAAAAAUUAGGGCAAGUUUUUCUAUAAACGGCCUUUACACAGUAAAGAAUGUGAUUUUGAAAAGGGAAACUUUUUAUAUGUAUGUUUGUGUUAUUGCACGAGAAAAAUAAAAACAUGCAAACGAAAAAAAAAAAAUGUAGUGAAAAUCGAGCCCUAAAGUGCCGGCUUAGAUAUACAAAUAUACAAACAUACAUA